AUGUGGAAGGAGGAGGAAGAGGAGGAGCCACUCAGCCCGAUGGCGCGGGUGUUCCAAUCGCCGGGCAUAGACAACUGCAUCGUUAUCACAAUCGGGUUCAAAGCAAAGAUCAAUGUUGAGGUCAUUCUUGAUGACUUGAAGCAUAACGUUUCUAAGCAUCCCCGUUUCUCUAGCAAAUUGUCAGAUAAUGGUGCAAGAUGGAUCAAGACCAAGGUCAAUGUAGAAGACCAUGUAUUUGCACCAAACGUGGACCUUGAAGAGAUCGGCGAAGAUGGAGAUGACUUUGUCGACGACUACAUCUCACGUCUCACAGUGGUUCCUCUUGAUAGAUCAAGACCCUUGUGGGAUAUUCACAUCCUCAACGUCAAAACAUCUGAUGCAGAAGCGGUCACUGUCAUAAGAUCCCACCAUUCACUAGGAGAUGGAAUGUCUCUGAUGUCUCUCCUGUUGGCAUCUACUCGGAAAACAUCAAACCUCGAGGAAUUUCCUACAAUGACUACUUCUUCCAAACGGCGUAAAAUGGUGUUUCAUGGCCUUAUACUCACCAUUUUUUAUGCAUCAAAAAUGAUUUGGAAUACCAUUGCAGAUUUUUUCCUGCUUUUCGUUACAAUCUUGUUCUUGAAAGAUACAGAAACACCGCUAAAAGGCGGCGUGAGUAUACAAAAGAGAUUUUCUCACCGAAUUAUCUCUUUGGAUGACCUUAAACUUAUAAAAAACGCCAUGGACAUGACGAUCAACGAUGUUCUACUAGGAGUUACACAAGCUGCACUUUCCGGCUAUCUUAAUAGACUAUAUGGCAAGCAGAACGUAGAGAAUGGAGCAUCUACAUCGAAUCGGAACAAUCUUCCAAGUAAACUACGAUUUCGGGCAGGUGUUGCAGUAAAUCUACGGCCAAACAUCGGAUUUAAGCCAAUGGCAGAUAUGAUGGCCAAGGGUUCAAAAUGCAGAUGGGGAAACUACAUAAGCUUUAUUGUUUUCCCUAUGUCCAUCGGUUUAGAAACCGAUGCAUUGGUUUAUAUAUCAAAAGCCAAAUCCACAAUGGACCGGAAGAAGCACUCUUUCCACAGUGCUCUAGUCUAUAUAGUUACCGGGUUCGUCUUCAAAACGUUCGGAGCUAAGGUAGGAGCAGCAUUGUUCAAACGACCUGUGUUGCACACAACAGCGUCCAUUUCGAACAUCGUUGGUCCCAUGGAAGAAAUCAGUUUCCAUGGCUAUCCAAUUGCCUACAUCGCUCCAAGCUCCUACGGACACUCACAACCAUUGGUGAUACACUUCCUUAGCUACGCGAAGAAGAUGGUUAUUUCAAUAGGAGUUGAUCCUACGGUCAUACCGGAUCCUCACAAGCUAUUUGAUGAAAUGGAAGAGUCAUUGCAAGCGAUGAAAGCUUCUCUAGGGUUACUCGACGACGUGAGUCAUUAG